CUGGUUGUCUCGGUGAAGUAGUUCAUGCAUUGAUUCUGUUUGUGCUUUGAAGUGGAAGAAAGCCCAAUCUCAAUUUGUCGGUUUAUCGUGCGCUUUUAGUACUCUGAAAUUGCUCCGAUUCCAUUUAUAAAGAGAAAAGUGAUGAAGUCGAUUCUGUUUUUGGUUAUUUGGGUCGCAUUUAGUCAUGCUAUGCCUACUGAUUUCAAAGAAAAACGUGCCGCUGGCGAUGAAGGAAGCGGAAGUGGUGGCGGAGACGCAGGAAGCGGUGGAGGAGCUGCGCCCCCUGGUGUAGGAGGUAUGGGCAUGGGCAUGGGUAUGGGUAUGGGUUGUGGUUGCCAACCACCAAUGGGUGGUGGUUGCCAACCACCAAUGGGCGGUGGUUGCCAACAGCCUUGUGGUGGUCAACAACCAAUGUGUCCUCCCGGUGGUAUGGGAAUGCCCAUGCAAAUGCCCAUGGGAGGUGGUGGAUGUGGAAUGGGAUGUGAUGAUGACAAAGAAAAGAAGAAAACAAAGAAUAAAAAGGGGAAUAAGCAAAAAGAUAAGAAAGAUGAAAAAGAAGAGAAAGAUGAAAAAGAGGAGAAAGAUGAGAAAGAGGAGAAAAAUGAGAAAGAAGAAAAAAUUGAAAAAGUUCGCAAGGUCCGAAAAAACAAAAAUACUCAAAAGAAAUCUAACCACCAGAAGAGCAAGAGUAAUUAAUCUCAAAGACAGGCAUGAUAAAGUUGUGAACCGAUGGUAAUAUGUUAUUAAGCAAUAUAUUUCUCACAUUGCAUGUUCUCGUCUCAGUCAAUGUCUAGCUUUUCUGCACCAAAACAGCUGUAAUUAUGUCUUCUAUAUGCAAUGAAACGUAUAUGUGAUCAUAGUAGCCUGACGAGCAAUAAUAAGAAGUAAUAAAUUAUGUCUAUUUUGUGUUCA